GAAACUAUCCACAUAAUAUAAAAGGAAAAAAACAUUAAAAAUGUGAAAAUUAGAAUUCAACGGUGAUUCACUGAAACUCGGAGAGAUUCUGAAUUAGAAGACAAAAACAUCAGCCAAUCUAAUUUUCCAAGACUCUUCCUUCACGUCUUCACCAUAACCCAAUUCAUUUCUAGAAUUCCGUCGAAAUUUUAAAUAAAUACUUCAGAAUCCGACGAGAUUAGCUGGUGGUAGCUGGAGACGAUGAGCAAUCUGAGGGCUAUAUGCAAGCCCCACGCCGUGUUCGCUUCCAUGGCGUGUUGCUACAGAUCGAUGGGUAGGGUUUUGUCGGUUGAAAAGCACAAUUGCAGCUUGGGUCGUCCGCCGCCGCCGCGUUAUUUCGCGGUUUGGUUCGAUAGAUUGGGGGAACAGAGACGGUAUGAACCGCGGGUGAGGCAGAAUCGGCAGAGGAGAAUGGUUGCUACCAAGGCUUCCAAUUGGACGAAUUCCAAAUCUCCCUAUGAAACUCUUGAAUUGGAGAGGGAUGCAAAUGAAGAGCAGAUAAAGGUAGCGUAUAGACGCUUGGCUAAGUUCUAUCAUCCUGAUGUUUACAAUGGGAGAGGGACCUUAGAUGAAGAUGAAACAGCAGAGACUCGGUUCAUAAAGAUUCAGGCUGCGUAUGAGCUUCUAAUAGAUGAGGAGAAACGAAGACAAUAUGACAUUGACAAUCGUGUGAAUCCAAUGAAGGCUUCUCAAGCAUGGUUGGAGUGGCUUCUAAAGAAGCGGAAAGCAUUCGACCAAAGAGGUGAUAUGGCUAUUGCAGCAUGGGCGGAACAACAGCAACUCGAACUCAAUCUGCGUGCACGUCGUCUUGCUCGUUCAAAGAUUGAUCCGGAAGAAGAAAGGAAGAUACUGGUGAAAGAGAAGAAGGCUUCAAUAGAGAACUUCAACAACACUUUAAGACGACACACACUUAUCCUUAAAAAAAGGGAUCUAAAUCGCAGGAAAGCCGAAGAAGAAAAGAAGAAGAUAAUCGGGCAGCUUCUAGCAGCGGAGGGCCUUGAACUCGACAAGGAUGAAGAUAAGUAGUUCCAACUCACCUUGCUCAAUUUUAAGUAGAUAUAUGUAUGUAUAUGAUUUACUGUUCAGAUUAAACUGUAUAACAUAUAUACUUGUAUAUCCAAAUCCUGUUUUAUUAAAUACCACAUUUAGCAGAGUUGUAUUUAA